GGGGGGGGGGGUCUACGCCUUAUCAGUGUGUCCGUUACAUUCUUGGCUGCGACGGUUGGAAACUGCCAUUUAUGGACAAAGAAAGACCCCAAUACAGAUACUAUAGAACCAUGUUCUACUGACCCACAAUGCAACAGGAGAUUAUAAAAAACCCACCACAAAGACCCCCGGGGCAGUGACUGUGAGGUAACAAGCCUUAGGUAACUGUACCUCUGUAGUAGAAGUUGUAGAGGCCGACACUGGAAUUAUUCUGCUAUGGCAUCGAUGACAUCAUCCAGCCGCAGAUCUUCCUCAUCCUACCGGUCUUCAUCACGUUACAGCACCUCCAGCUCCUAUCGAUCAGAGGGGUCGCUGGGCGGAUCAUCCGAGUGUCUGGACCCGCUGUUCGAGCCAUUCCUGGACUGUGAAGACAACUCCAGUCUGUUUGGAGAGGACAGCCCUGGAGGACCCGGCUGCUUGGCCCCCUUCAGCAGACACAGCAGACCCUCAUACGGACACACCGUGCCUGCGUGUGGCGCUGUGACCGGUCGUCAGAGUGGCACAGGGAGCAGGGUGCGUUGUCUGGGCGACAGCUACUACAUAUCUGCUAACGUCAGCCAGUUUGAACCGCACGACAUAGCAGUGACGGCGUUCAACCAUCACGUCGUCAUUCACGCACAGAAGGUGUUGGACGACGGCAGCGUCAGUGACACGUUCACCCACAGGUCCCAGUUCCCCGAGGACAUGGACCCUCUGUCGGUCAGCGGGACCCUCAACGCUGACGGCACGCUGGUGGUCAGUGUUCGUCGGAUGACGGCGGUGGGGGGGUUUGAGCCCCCGGCCGUUCAAAUGUACCGCAGUGAAGCCCAGCUUUGAUGUGGAGUGAAGUCUCAAACCACACUCAGAGGUGAAUAAUUAAUGAGGUGGAAUUGUUUGAGUGGAAAACCUGGAUUUUUGUUAUUACUUUGAAAAUGCAAAAUGACAAAAAAAAAUUGAUUUACAUGUAUAAUGUGUUGUUGUUUUUUAUUACAAAGGAUCAGUUUGGCUUUGACUGUUUUAAAAUGUAAACCGUUAUUUAUUCAUUUAUUUGAAUGAAUGUAUAAUUGAAUUACAACAAACCUAUCUCUGGAUUAUGACAUUAAUAAAUUACAUAUUUAAUGAUAAUAAUUUUACAAUAUCACAACGUCUGUUUUUUCUGUUUCUCUAAAAUAUUCCUUCAAAAAAUAAAAAAA